GGUUUGCCGCCGCCUGGCUGGGCCGCUCUUGUGGCGGCGGCGGCGGUGGCUCCUCCAGCGAGCAGCAUGGCGGCCGUGGAGGCCCGGGUGUGCGAGACGUCGGGCUGCAGCAGCGAGGCCAAGCUGCAGUGCCCCACCUGCAUCAAGCUGGGCAUCCAGGGCUCCUACUUCUGCUCGCAGGUAAGCCCUUGCUGCUGCCCGCGCGCGAGACAGAGGCGCGCGGGCUGCUGCUGCUCCUCCUCCUCCUCCUCCCAGCCCAAGACGCGGGCUGGCCGGCGUUCCCACGUUCCCUACCCGCUGAGGGAAAACACGGCUGCUGCCCGCCUUCCCACAGUUUCCUGGGAGGGGGGUUUUUAUGCCCGCGAAUGGCUACCAGAGCUCCCGCCGCAGCUCCUCCCGUCCUCCCCGAAAAGCAGGUGGCGCAUGAGGGCUGGGCCUGUCCCCAGGCAGCCCGAGCACGUUUUUUACUCGGAAGUAGCUUCCCAGGGGCCUGCUCCCGAGCCCCCUUUGCAAGCAGGACUCUCUCUCUCUCUGCCUCUCAAGUUGGCCUCCUUACGCCCUCCCCCUUGGGUGCCCUGGGAAACGUCUGAACCACACAGACACGGGUUUUAUUAUUUGCUUGUUUCCAUGCUCUCUGUGGGUUUCCUUCCCGCCCCGCCCCCGGCAAAAAUAGCGCCCUCCUGUUGUGGCCCUGGGUUUCUUAAACAGGUCGAAAUGGAGAGGUGGGGAAGGAGCUGGGUUUGGGGGCCCCCAUUCUGGACCAGGGGAGCCUACGGAGCACCGCUGCCUCCUGCUGCAAACAGGCCACAGAAAUGCUGAAGCGGUUCUUCCUUUUGUGUGCCCCCCGUUCUGUGUUUCCAUGUGCAACAGCUGUUUUUAUCUAUUUCAGCUCUGUCAUCAAGAUUUGCAGGGCAUUUUUCGGAGAGAAAGGGGCUGGGUAUGAUGGCUGUGUGUGUUUUCCCCCCAGCCUAUCUACAAGUAAUUGUUUUGGUGCUUCAGACAUUUUAUUUUUAUUGCAGAGUGGAUUUCGCUUCAGGUUUGUGCUUCAGAAAAAUAUAGAGAACUCUGUUUUUUGGCGGUACUAUUCGUGCACAGUGUGUUUCAGCGUGAGGUUUUAUCAGAGCCAGGACUCAGUCCUGGAACUAUUUUACUUUUUAAUUGUCUCACUUAGUCCUAGAUCAUAAUUGAGAAAGGUGACUCUGAGCAUGUGUGGGGAACAUUACUUUCAUCAUUUAUUUGCAUGCAUAGGUUUGCAGUUCGUCUGACUUGUGAGGUUUUCGGUCAGUUUGAAGUGUGGCACCUUUAUUUUUCAGAAGCAAGCCAGUUUUUGCCCAUAUAUGGGUUAGAAGUGUGCUUUGUCUUAGAUAUCUAGGGUAUCUGCCUCAUGGGAAAUUUAAUCACUGAGAUUGACACACAGCCUCUUAACUAAUAUUUCAAAAAUUCACACUUGAUGAUUGGCUUUGACAUUGUACUGUGCUAAAAGUUUCAUGGGUUAAUUAUUUAACAUGCAUCAUGUGGAGUUGUUUCUUUGGCCAUGUGACACAACUGUCUUCCUGGUUAUAGUCAUACAUAGUUGACUUUGCAGAUUUUAGUCCUUCGGAGCUAAAUUUCUUGGAAAGAAUGAAAUACGGUGUAGUCUGAUGUUGACUGACUGUAUUUCCUAAUAUGCUGAUUUCAGGAAACUGUAAUUAUAAAUGCGAUAAUAAUAGAUUUUCCCCCUCUUAAAAGAAAUGUAGAAUGCAUGAAGUCUUGCAAACCCCAAAUCAUUCAGUCUCUCAAACCUCAAUGGCAUUUCCAUUGAUUAAAAGAAACACAAACAAUAUAAAGUGCCCAAAGACACAAACAGUAAAAUCUUUUUGUUGUGCCUUGUACCAUUAUAAUUACACACAUAGCAAGAGGUGUGAUAAAACAAUAUUUUAAAAGAGAAGUACUUGAGUCCUGGAGAUAUAGGCUUACUACUUACCACUUAAUUUCUGGGGUUAGAAAUAUAUCAGUGUUGUGUUCAGCAAUCUCUGAAUCUUGAUGCUGCAACAUAAUACUAUCCUAGAGUUGAGAGUUCUAAAAAGACAGUUACUGCAACUUAGUGUUGCCAUUCUAGUUUCUCAGGCUCCUAAAAGCCUGUUUACAGUGACCUUUAAUACAUUGAAUGGCUGAUAGGAAUCUUAAGUGUGUUUUGAUUUUAAAAUGACUAAAUUUUGCACCAAAACAACUAAAAGAGCACCAGGUGGAAGAGUAACAUUAAUAAGAUAGAAAUGUGAGGACGCAAGUCAGACAAUUUAUCCAAAGAACAUACGAAGUUGGCCUGCUGGAUCCAGCACCCUGUUCUCACAUUGGCCAAGCAAGAUGCCUGUGCUCUGGCCAAACAGACAGCGCUCUGCCUACCUGCAGUUCUCAGCAAUCCAGAGGCACAAUUACUGGUAAUUCUCCAUUUAGACCAUUAUUGUCUGCACUGUGACAACAGCUCUCCAAGGUCUCAGGCAGAGACCUUUCUCUUUACUAGUUGACGCUUAGAAUUGGGAAUACUAGGGAUUGGACUGGGACUAUUUUUUUUAAUCACCAACCAGACAAAAGAAGCAAAACUUGAAAGAUGUCUCUCUCUUCACACUACGUGAAUGAACAUUAAAAUGGUAAACAUGAGUGUAAAACGAUGCAGUUUGGGGCAGAAACCCUCCAGUAUCGCAUACACGCAGAUGGGAUCUGAGCUUGUACCUUCUAUUUGUGUGUGAAUAGCUAUAUAAUCAAGGAUACUCGUACCUCAGCGUUAGAUGUGGGCAGAGUGAUAUAGCAGCAUCAUAUGCUCCCAGACCAGCUCUUUGAGAUUGACUAGAUCAGCCUUUGUGAACCUGGUGCCCUCCAGAUGUUUUUGAUUACUUCUAUCAGCCAUAGUCAGCAUGGCUGUCCUGAAACUGAUCUAGUUCAUUCAGUGGUGCUUUAAGUUCAGUUUUUCACGUGUCAAUUCUCAUCCACCUACAUGAGACUGAUCUGCUCAGUGUCCACGCUUGGAAGGUUGGACUUAGAACCCCAGUCUGCCAGGUCCAACCUGCUAUUCAACCCAUUGGCUCCGAAUGAUCGAAGCCUGUGUUUGGAAUCAUAAACUUUACAAAAACACAAGUCCGUGCUGUAAUGUGCAGACUUAGGCUUGUGCAGAUCUACUUUGUUUUUAUUACUAGAACCCAAAGAUCUACCAACCAGAGCCAGUUAGUUAUAAUGAAAAGACAGGGUGCAUCCAAGCACACGAUAAAUUUUGUUUUCAGUACCAGACCACAGUCAUUUACGAUAUAUAGUUAAGUUAUUCAUAUACCACUUUUCAGGCAAACCCCCACAAGCUGUUUGCAUUGAGUUAUUAUAGAAUCAAAGAAUCGUAGAGUUCGAAGAGGGACCCCAAGGGUCAUCGAGUUAAUCCCCCUGCAAUGCUGAAAUCACAACCAAGACAUCCAUGACAGAUGGCCUCCCAACCUCUGCUUAAAACCCCCCAGUGAAGGAGCGUCCACCACCUUCCGAGGGAGUCCGUUCUACUGUCACACAGCUCUUACUGUUGGAGUGAUUAAAAAUAAAAGUAGCAUCAUUUCCCCCUUGUAAGGGUAGUUGGCCCAUUUGGAAGAGCUGCAAAGUUUGCAGUGGUAACUUACGUUGGAUCAGCUCUCGCUGACACAAGAAUGCCCAUUUACAAAUGUUGGGGAACUGAUAGCAAUGCCUUCAUGAGUUAGACACCACAAGAACAGAAAAUCUCAUCUCCUAGUAAACGAAGUGGUAGGAGAUGACUCAUCCCUUGUGUUAUGUUUGAAAACAGCCUUCGGAAGGACCUUGAGUUAAUCCAAUCCAGCAUUAUUUUUCAGUGGGAUAGGGAUGAGUUGCAUCUGCUCUUUUAUAUGUAAUGUUUUUACUCUUGCUUUUACACUUGUUUUUAAUGUGUGUUUUUGUAAGUCUCCCAAGCUUAUCUUUCUAAUAAAUAAAAUGAUAAUACAAAAACAACCCUGCUGCUGUUAAAAGCGGUUCUCUUGUCUUUUAACUCACUGCUGGUAAACAGAAACAUAAGCGUUCAGUAGGACUUUUUUUAGGACAUGAACGCUUUUUGCGUGUGACUGGUGGACUGUAUUCCUGGCACCCACAUUAUACAUGGGUCUGUAUUGACCUCCCUGCCACACAAUGCAGGAAUAGAUUGUAGCCACUGUCUUAAUAUGUUAGGAGCGUAGUCCAAAAAGAGCAAAGAGAACACCCAGCCUUUUUAUUAGUUGGUACUGCUUCUGUGUGAAACAGGCUCCACCGCUGCUUCAUGUUUAGUUCUGUUAAAGAUUGUGGGAGCAGCUUUAAGGAUGUUGCCUUAUUUCUUACUGGAAAUGGUUCUGGCCUGCAUAACAAUUCUAAUAUGGUUCCUUCAUCGUAUCUGGAACUUCAGAGUCCUCCUGAUCGCCCACAGUGGGACAGAUUCCGUAUUUUUCUAUAGCAGGGAGGGGAUGAGUGUGACAAAAAAAGGAAUGUUUUGGAGUAAAGAAAACAUGAGUAAUUUUGACUAUCGCUGUCUUGGCAGCUGAAUGGUUGUUUUUAAGUUUGUGCGCAGAGGUGGAGAUGAUGCUUCACAGGCAAAUAAUGCUUGCUUGUUUUUUGAGGGUGAUUAAAAAAGGGGACAAAAACAAGCCUUUGGCAUUAUUAUUAUUAUUAAUUCAUUAAAUUUAUAUGCCACCCUUCAUCUGAAGAUCACAAGGCGGUUCCCAUUGAAGUGAAUGCCCUUAGUUGUCUAAAUAAGUUUAUGGAGGAUAACAGGAGUGGGAUGCGUGUCUGUCUCAAUUCAAGGGUUGCAGUGUGUGUCAAGUUAAUCUGGUGUUUUGUGUGAAGACACCAGUGUGGAAAAGGAGAGGGCCUGGGGGGAAAAAACCAGCCAAAAGGUUCAAAUCUCUCUUUAUCAGUAGCUAAAUGGUGUCCUUGAGCUAGCUGAAGCUGCUUCUGGAGGUAGCAAAUAAACAAAAUGGAAAAUCUUCCGGUGUCAUAAAUCCCAUUACUUUUCUUACAAGAAUAGGAAAAUGGGACAGUUUCACCAUAACAUGAUAGCUGCUGGUGAAAUAAUCACGUUUGCUCUUGGUAAUUACAUAGCGGGAGAUGUUUACUUGAUUCAACAUGGCUUCAUGUGCACAUUUGACCCCUUUUGGAAGACGGAAAGGUGGGCAUGGUGAAUGGAAGCAUAUAAACAAUUAGAUUUGGUGUCAGUGCUAGAUUUGGAUUUUGCAGCUGGUAUGUGAGGCUCAGGGAGGGGUGGCAUCUGCAGACGGGAGAGGAAACGGAAGCAUCCAUACACAGUCUGCAGAGGGAGUUAAGGGAUUGUGGAGCUGGCAGUGGUGCAAUCUCCACCCAUAAUAUGGCUGAUUACUUGUUUGGUGCUGUGAAAAUAUUGUUCAGGGUGGAUUACCAUCAAUGUAAUAAUGGGAAAGCAUGGAGUACUAAGAAGGUUCUCCUCAGCUGUGCCAUUGGUCCUUUUGCCAUGGAGUUAUUCUUCUGUAAUCCUCUGGGAAUUGUAGCUCUGUAAUGGGAACAGGGGUCUCCUAAUAGCUCACAGCACUCUUAACAAACUAUGUUCCCCACGAUUCUUUGGGGGAACCCAUGAACUGUUAAAAUGGUAUCACAGUGCUUUAAAUGUGUGGUGCAUAUGUGACCUCUCCAAUUAACAUACUGUGUUUGAACUGAAAUUGGAUUUCUUAAUGAUGUAAACAUACUCCUGUCUACUUUAUAGUCUAUGUCUUGUAGCUUGCAGAACUACUUUAUAUGAUUUAAAUAUAUUGCAAAGCAUUGCUAACUUUAUACCACUUGCCUUUUUCUUUUUUCUUUAAGGAAUGUUUUAAGGGAAGCUGGGCUACUCACAAGUUGCUACACAAGAAAGCAAGUAAGAAAAUACUUUUGCUUUUAUCAUACUCUUUUGUCGCCCUGACUUGCACAGAGUUAUAGGGGGUGGGGAGGGGAGGGUUGUAAGCCAUUAAUCCAGCCCCUUGUUCAGUGCAGUUGUUCCAUUGUUAAAGCAUUCCAGAUGGCUUUCCAGCACUUGCUUGAAGACCUUCAGCAACAGAGAGCCUGGCCCCCUUUAGGUAAUCUGUCCCACUGUGAACUGCUGUUUCUGUUAAGAUGUUUAUCUUCAUGUUCAACCAAAAUCCACUCUCCUGUAUCUCAAGACCAUUAGAUAGGGAGAGAAAAGUUCCGUGAGUGUCAACUUAAGGCCAGUGUGAAGAUGGGUGCUCCUUUAUUAGGCAGUACUUUUCAAGUCCCUCACAAUUUUGGCCCAAUUUUCAUUAGGCACAUCCAACUGUUGGUUGCUUUUUGGUUGGGGGUUGGUUGGGCAGAGUUGUUGAGCUUUUUUUUAGGGGGCAUUGCACAGAGUUGCUGAGCUUUUUGGGUGGGGUGAUGCGACAAACCGCUCACCAACAACGACAGCGCUAAACGGAAUACUGCUUCUGCUUUCUGCAUUCCAAAGCGUUCAAUGCAGUGUCAAAGGAGAGACAUAGCGCUGGGAGUAAUGUACCAGUGAUCGACCAGGAUCACAUACGAUCGACCACGAUCGCACAAGCGAUCGACCUGUUGAUUGCGAUCAACCAGUUGGACAUAGCUUGACUAUACCAGUUCAAAUUGCAGGUAUGGACUUGCAUGUGAUUGCAUGCAACUCCAUACAGCACACAUUCCAUUCACAUUCUCUCCAAACAAAAAGCUAGGUGUUGUGGGGGGAAAGGGCUUUCAAUUAGCCUUCUCCCUGAUGUGCUUCCUUUCUAUGUACACUAAUCUUUUUUUGUUUAUUUUGUUAUUUGUUUGGAUGGGCAUUUAGUUACAUGUGAGGCUAUAUUGUCGGAAGCGGUGUAGCUCAGACGCAGGUUUGAAGCUUUAGUUCCUUUCCCCCAAAAAAACCUUCUGUUUAUUUUCCGAGUCUCCCAUGCAUUCAAUCUUACCCAGUGUGAGUGGGUGUGUUACUGGAGUUUUGACUUUUUUGUUUCUUAACCAUUGCUGUUCUUCACCGCAUCAGAAGUUGCUUCUAAAUAGCUGUGAAGGGUGUUGGAAUAUUAUUAAUGGCCAAUGUGGUUGAGAGAAGCUGAUGCAAAUAAAAGCACAGAAAGUGAACAGAAAGUCCGUGGCACUCGUGGAAGCCAUAAACUUUCAAAUAAUGGUUCUGUGUUUGCUGCCAUUAGUGACAAGGUUGAAGGAUUUGAUCUAUGUUCUGGUUGUAGUUGCAAUCUUGAAAUCUAGGUUAGGUUGCUUAUGUAUCAUAUCUUAAUCCAGUUUCAGGAGCCUUUUAAAAAAGAAAAGUAGAUUGGAUCUGUAUUUCAAGGGAAAAGCAAGCUUAAAAAGUCCUAUUCUAAAGGAGAAGGAAGAGUUAUGAAUAUACUUCUCUAAUUCAUUUUUGACAGAUAUUCCUUCUGGGUUUUUUUAUGAAGUUGGUUGUCUUAUAAUUAUAGCAUUAUUUUGUAAUUUUGUUUUGUUGGGUUGUUUUUUUUUUUGCAGAGGAUGAAAAAGCGAAGCGGGAGGUUUCUGCCUGGACUGUAGAUGGUGACAUUAACACAGAUCCCUGGGCUGGCUAUCGAUAUACUGGAAAACUUAGGCCACAUUAUCCACUGGUAAGUAGCUGAAAUAACUGAAAUGGUGUAUCACUUUUAAAUCCUGCUGGUGAUCAAACUGCAGUAAGAAAAUUUCUUAGCAAUUAUGCUGCCCAGUUGGAAAAAUGGUAAUAGAACUGUAAUUUUGUAAGACACUUACACAGUUCGGGUUGUUAGGUUUUCAGGGGACAAUAUGCAGCAAAAAAAAAAAAAAAGGCAAGGCACUAUCAUAAAUUAGAAGACAGCAUUAGGAGAGUAUAAAUUAAUCCUAUGGAAGGAGGACAAAGGAAAGGAAGGGGGCGGUCAAAUCAAUUUUAGCUGGAUAUUCAAUAAUUUAAUAGUCAUGUUCUCAUGCUCCAUUCCCCAGCCCACAGAUAUCUUUCAGCCUGCAAAUGGCUGAGCCUAUACUGCUAAGCAGCAGAGCAGUUUGAUGUGAGUAGAUCUGAUUUGGCAACACUUAUUGGUCCUCUAGUACUAAGAACCUCAAAGUGUGUCGUGGGAUUUGGUGCAUAUAGCUCAUUUUGUGUUGGAGAAGGUGGAAUGGGGGCAAAGCAGGGAGACAGAAUCUCUGUGGCGGUACUGCAGAACCAGAAAGCUUGCGGAAUGUAUGUAUGUGGGACACGAGUUUAAAUACAAAGUUGGCUAGCAGGUAACUCUGCUCUUGCCUUUGUGCACUGAAUGCUCUGUGGAAGAGGGUUUUCAUCCUGUAGUAGUGGGAGAUUAAAUUCAUCUGGUGUUUCAGUUUUUGAAGAAACACUUGAUAAUAAAGGGUAAUCACUCCCCUCUGCAGUAGAUCUGAUUAAUGUAACAACAAGCACAAUCAUUUUGGGGUUUCCCCAAAAGCAGUGUCUUGUGAUUUCUUUGCUCAGAAAUUAUUAUCGUUUAUUCAAUAUCUAUACUGCCCUUUGCCAAAGUUUACAAAGCUUACAGGGCAGUUUACAAUAUAAAAACACAAAAAUACAAACCAUAAUAACAAACAAAAAUAAUAACUGCCUGUUCUUUUUAUUGAAUAAAUUCCUCAGUUGGUGGGUUUGCAUUAUUAAGAUAUAGUUUCUGAAACCAUAGUUUGUUUGUUUGUCCAAACUCUGCUCAGCUUAACUAUGGUUUGUUUACUACCAAAAAUCUGACUCUAUAAUCUGAAGCCAUGGUUUUAUUGUUGGGGAAUAAAUCUUGUUUUGUUUGGUGUUUUGUUAUGGUAUAAGCUCUUGGCUUUAAACAAUGGAUAUCAGAUAGGCUAUAAAUAUAAAUACAUUUAAAUCCCAAUUGUGCUUUAUUUAGAUGCCAACAAGACCUGUGCCGAGUUACAUUCAAAGGCCGGAUUAUGCUGAUCACCCGCUAGGUAAUUGCAGAUACAGAACAAUUCUCACUUUUCAAACUUGCGUUUGAUUUAGGCUAUAUUAAUUUUCUUUCAGAAUGGAUUUGUCUCAGAUGGGUUUAUCAAAAGCUAAGCUUAUUUUUAGCAACCAGUUCCUUUAGAAAACAAGGCUUCAAAAAGCACUUAAAAACCCCAGUGAAGGUCUCAAACAGUGAUGUUUCUUGAAUCUCCAAAUCUAGCAUUGACUCUAUGCUCUCACUGGAUAGCAGAAAUUUAGUAUAUAGCAGCAGUCCAUGCUGUUUCAGCCACAGUUUCUAGCUAGAGAACUGUGUCAAAUGAAUUGCUUGGGGAAAAGGUAAGUUCGGGGAGAGGUUCCCCCCCCCAAAAAAAACAUGUUUGAAUGGCAGCUUGAUCAGAGUCCAUUAAAAGUGGGGUAUCACAUGGGAUAUGCAAGGGAACUAUAGCCCCCUCAGACAUCCCCUUUAAUGCUCACCAAUACUCUCGGCUUUUUUUGUUAAAUAUGUGGAGAGGGUUUGACUUUUUUGAGGGGGCAGUUUCUGUCUGUGUUCAAUUUGUUUGGUGUGUGUGUGUAGAGGUGCUGAUUGUUUUCUGGGGUGGGAAGUGGUGAAAGCCUGUACACCAUUCUUUGUGCUUCCAUGAAUUCGUGUACAGUGGUACCUCAGGUUACAUACGCUUCAGGUUACAGACACUUCAGGUUACAGACUCUGCUAACCCAGAAAUAGUACCUUGGGUUAAGAACUUUGCUUCAGGAUGAGAACAGAAAUCGUGCUCCAGCAGUGCGGCGGUAGCUGGAGGCCCCAUUAGCUAAAGUGGUGCUUCAGGUUAAGAACAGUUUCAGGUUAAGAACGGACCUCCAGAACGAAUUAAGUACUUAACCUGAGGUACCACUGUAUAUGUUGCCCACAACAGUUUCCUAGAUUCCUAAUGUGCCCCCAGGUCCAAAAAAGUUUGGAGACCCCUAAAUAAUAUAUAUAAAACAUUUAUUACUUAUACCCUUCCCAUCUGACUGGGCCUCCCCAGCCACUCUGGGCAGCUCUCAACAGAAUAUUAAAAACACGAUAAAACAUCAAACAUUAAAAACUUCCCUAAACAGGGCUGCCUUCAGAUGUCUUCUAAAAGUCAGAUAGUUGAGUCAUGUUGAGUUUCUGCUAGGCUUUUCUUUCACAAUGGGGGGUGCAAAUAUGGUGGGUGGGUAGUCAAAACGUGAGAAUGAGGAAGAAGAAAAGUCACUUUCCCAAGUGCUGUUUGGUAUGUGGGUUUUGUGUCCCUUUAUAUCAUAAACAUCUUGUCAUGCAUCUCCCUCUGCAUACUUUCACCACUAACCCAUUGUCAGGCAUUUCUCUGCUACUCAAAAGCUAAAUGUUAAUACUGCCACUCGGGGGGGGGGGUGCUGGGUUUUUUGGGGUGUAUGUCAUUUUACUGCUUCUCUUGAAAAGAGCUAUUUCAAUUACAUUAGCGCAGGUUUCGGGAUACGGGAAACUUGCAUCCGUUAACUAAAAAUUAUUAUGACUAGGUAAUAAUUGACGUUUCUCUUUAGGCAUGUCUGAAUCGGAGCAGGCUCUUAAAGGAACUUCUCAGAUAAAAAUUCUUUCUGCAGAAGAUACAGAAGGGAUGCGAAUAGUGUGUAGGGUAAGUCUAUUUUGGAAGAUGUUAUAAUCCCAACAAAUCUUAAGAGGGAAUAGUUUUUGCAUGCUUGUGUGAGUGAAAAGCACAAAUAAUUUGAGGUGUACCCAAAAAGGUGAAAUCUUACCAUAUGUAAUGAAUAAUGUUGAGCAUGAUUUCUGGUAAGGUCCAUAUCUCAAGAGUUGCCAGAAUUGCAUGGCUUUGUGUAUAACAAUUUUUUAAACUGUACCCCACAUUUCAUUUUGUUUUGUCAAGAUUUGUACGUGAAAUUCUGGUUAAUGAAUAUUUUAGCCAGCAUGAUGACUUUUUAAAUUUAGACACUAAUCAAAUGUUUUAUGCAUGCUUUAAUAUGUUCGUUCUGAACACCCCAUGCAUUUGAAUUAGCGGCAUUUAUAAAAUUUCAGAAGAAGCUACUAAAGUUCAGUUAAUUUGUUCUGUUUUAUAUAAAUGGUGGUUACAAAAGCUGUGUGAUUGCUGAGUGUCUACCACUUAUUUUCUGUCUCCUGGGAGAAAGACUUCAUGGGGAGGAAAUCGCAUUUGGUAUUGGUCGUCACUUCUCUUAUCACAAUAUAAUAAUAAUAAUAAUAAUAAUAAUAAUAAUAAUAAUAAUAAUUUAUUAUUUGUACCCCGCCCAUCUGGCUGGGUUUCCCCAGCCACUCUGGGCGGCUUCCAUAGAAAUAAAAAAUACAGUAAAAUAUCACACAUUAAAAACUUCCCUGAACAGGGCUGCCUUAAGAUGCCUUCUGAAUGUCAGGUAGUUAUUUAUCGCUUUGACAUCUGAUGGGUGGGCGAUCCACAGGGCGGGCGCCACUACUGAGAAGGCCCUCUGCCUGGUUCCCUGUAGCUUUGCUUCUCGCAAUGAGGGAACCGCCAGAAGGCCCUCGGCGCUGGACCUCAGCGUCCGGGCAGAACGAUGGGGGUGGAGACGCUCCUUCAGGUAUACUGGGCCAAGGCCGUUUAGGGCUUUAAAGGUCAGCACCAACACUUUGAAUUGUGCUCGGAAACGUACUGGGAGCCAAUGUAGGUCUUUCAAGACCGGUGUUAUGUGGUCUCGGCGGCCGCCCCCAGUCACCAGUCUAGCUGCUGCAUUCUGGAUUAGUUGUAGUUUCUGAGUCACCUUCAAAGGUAGCCCCACGUAGAGCGCAUUGCAGUAGUCCAAGCGGGAGAUAACUAGAGCAUGCACCACUCUGGCGAGACAGUCCGCGGGCAGCCUGCGUACCAGCCUGCGUACCAGGUGGAGUUGGUAGACAGCUGCCCUGGAUACAGAAUUGACCUGCGCCUCCAUGGACAGCUGUGAGUCCAAAAUGACUCCCAGGCUGCGCACCUGGUCCUUCAGGGGCACAGUUACCCUAUUCAGGACCAGGGAGUCCUCCACACCACAAGAACUUUUGUCCUGGUUCAUGGUCUGUCUUGCCCCAUCUGUAGCUUUCAAUGAAUUAGCAGUGUUCUACUGCAUACUUUCUGAUUGCUGCUAUUUCAUUCCUCCUCUGGCGUGGGCAGAAUAAACAAACCAGAAAGCCUUGCACUUCUUGUAAUGUCUGAAUGAGGGAUCAUGGUUUGCCACUUCCUAGGAAACCACAGUCUGUAAAGCAGCAACAAACCAUUGCUUAGGGUUGGCUAGUGACUAUGGCUUAAGGAGCAGCAUGGCAGAUCCCUGGUUUGGACAUAACAGGAUGUCAAGGCCUUCUUCAUUUGUUUUUCUUGCUCACUCUAGGGGAGAAGCAAAGUGAGAGCUGUCGGCCAAAGUGUAGUAAUUCUCUGCUUGUUCAUUGGUAACCUCUGAUAAGUCGGAAACCCUGACUUGUUAUAUGUGAAUGUGGCCUCUGUCUUGAUGAUAACUUCUGCUUCUUUGUCUUGCAGCUUGCUAGAGAGGUAUUAGAUGUUGCUGCCAUGAUGGUAAAGCCAGGUGUAACUACUGAAGAAAUAGACCACGCUGUUCAUCUAGUAAGGAUACUUCACUGAGUUUCUGGAUUUUUGUUUCUGCUGUGCCUUUAUAAUUGGUAUAUUUGGUAACACGCUUCCUUGAUCUUCCUGUGCAGUUACAACUAUACAUACUCCAUCGCUCAAAGCACGAUUUCCAUUUCUUAAAGCAACCCGAGAAUGCCAAAGGUUCUCCGGUGUCAUUUGCUUCCAUAUCUGUAGCCUCUGACAUUCUCUAAUGGGCCCAAUAUAGUAUUGUAAAAUGUCCUUCCUUGCCCACCUUCUUUCCUACCAAGUUUGCUCUGUAAACAGUAGUUAUAGGAUGUGGCAUUCUUCUGCCCCGUAUGCAACUCUGGCACAUAUGCCAGGACAUUUCAAGGAGGCUGUAAGCACUAAGGUGCAACUCUACCCAUCCUCCCACAGCAGUGGAAAUAGUUUUUUAAAUUAUUAAUAGAAGUUAUCUCAGCAGGGUUUCAGACUUGCACAUUGCUGCAUUAAGCGGAUGAAAUAAUUUUAAAGAAAAGUAAAGAUUUUAAAAAUAUGCACUGCAUUUAAAUGGCGCUGUAGUUCCAGGGGCUUCAGAUAAGCUUUUAAAAUGUCCUUAUAAGGUAAGUCUGUAUUAUUGUACCUGCAUUGAACAUAGCUGCCUAAUACCAGGUCAUAUUAUAGCCUAUGACAGCAGGUCUGGGUCUCAGACAGAGGUCUUUCUACUUCAUCCUUUCUUGAAAUGGAGAUGUUUAGAAUUGAACCUGGACCUUUGGUAUGCAGAGCUUGUGCUGUGGUCCUUCCCCAUGUUGCCUGGUGCUGAUAACGCUGAGGUUGCAGGUUCGAUCCCUGUAUGGGACAGCUGCUGCCAGAGACCAGGCUGAGGAGUGCUGCUCUGAUGAGGAAUGGUGGGAGCCUCCCCACCCCCCUGCUCCUGACCAAGAUCCUGAAGCUGCCCAGGAGCAGUGGGGCAGUAUAGACUUGGAACAGUGGUUUGCAGAGGGGCAUAGUUCUGAAGGCAAAAGUUGGGAAGAACUGGGGUGGGGAGUGAACAGCAAAGUGAAGAUGAACUGGAAGAGAGAGAGAGCCAACAGACUCUCUCUCGCUGGAAAGUGUCCAGCCUAUCAGUCCAAGGUCACGUAGAGCAGAUAAGGUGGCUAAACAAAAAGCACGGUAGUUGUGAGAUCAGGUUGCAAGACGGAAGUGACUGGGGGGGGGGGGAGUGGGUGGAAACCUUAAUUGGGAGCACCUUCAUUCUGAGAAUGGCUGCUCUGUUGGUUUUCUGCGAUCAUUAAAGCCUCUUUAAAUGGUAAGGGACUCUUUUCACUUUGUCCUGCUUAUCUACGGCCAAAGGGAGGGAGGAAGCCGAGUCCCUGGAGCCUGACAGUUGCAUAUUUCUGUAUUGCAGGGGCUUGGACUAGAUGAUCCUUAGGUUCCUUCCAACUCUAGAAUUUUAUGAUUCUAUGACUUGCCUAAAUCUGUCUGGAGUUUGUGGUAUGGGGAACAUUUGACUUGGGGACUUGUUGGUUCAGAGCUCAGUCCCUUGGCUACCUCAGUGCACCAGCUCCUGAAUUCACAGCCAGGGGCAGAUUAUUCUCAAAAAAACAUUUAGAUUUCCCCCCCUUGUGGAUAUGUUACAUGGAAGCAUGUAAUGUGCAUAUGAGUCAGACAGCUGUUAAUGUAGGGUAGAGUAGCAAGCUGUGUUUCACAGGACUGUUUGGUUAAGAAGACCCCCAUGUAAUCCAGAAGCUUAGCACAGCACUGAAACAUUUGGUCUAGGAAAAGGUUACCAGCCCAUUCCUAAAUAAAUUGACUUGGACAUAAGUCAUGCUGGUUUGGUGGAUCAUAUUUCCAUAUUGUCACACUUAGGCCCCCUGCCUUUGUCCUAACUCCUUUAGAAUAAUAUGAAUAUUUCAAAAUCUCUUUCAGGCUUGCAUUGCCAGAAAUUGCUAUCCUUCCCCUCUGAAUUAUUAUAAUUUUCCUAAGUCUUGCUGCACGUCAGUAAAUGAAGUGAUCUGCCAUGGAAUCCCAGACAGGCGACGCUUACAAGAGGGUGAUAUUGUUAAUGGUAAGAAAACCGAUUAAGUAAUUUUAGUAUCCUUUUAAAAACUUGGUAUGAUGUUUGGAAAGAUGCCACUAAUGAAUAGGACUUAUAUUUGGAUUCCCCCCACCCUCCUUGGAAAUAUAGGUUGGUCUUACUGUUUGUUUGUUUUUUAAAUUCUAAUGGUGAAACUCAUUUCUCUUGCUUAGGUGCAUGUAAGUUAAACUGUAAGCUGUGCUGAUGGGGGUGGGCGUGUUCUCCAUAAAAUAUUUCUUUUUUUCCAUUAUGCAGAAUCAAAGCUGCAAAUGAAUAUUCUAUAUGGGCUGUGUGAGCUGGGCUCAGGUGCACUGAUACCUUUUGCGGCCAGUACUGCUAUACAUCCUGGUGUAUGAUAGCACAGCGACCUUAAAGUAGAUGGAGGAAAUGUGUGUGGUGGUGGUGGGGGAGGAAUUGCAACAGUGCGUUCUAAAUAUCUUCCAAUAGUGGCAGGAUAUAAUUCAUUGCAUUGCCUGUUGGCUCCCUACCCAAGUACUUUGGCUUUUCAAGUGAUUGGUCUUUGCCUUCCUGCACGUCUUCUGAAAUCAUAUUGGAAUAAAUAAUGAGUUGUUCUGGAACUAUUGUGGAGUGAGCUCCUUAAAAUUUGCCUCCUAAAGUUGGAUCCUGCAAAGCUGUGGGUACUAGCCAACAAAAUUGUCCCAUUAGCCCAAAGACUUCUGCCUGUGCAGUGGGACUUCUUCAUGUGUGCUCCUGUCCUUCCCAAAACUGUUUUGAGGCUUUCCCCAGUCUUCUGGAGAAGAUUUUGGGGCCGGGGUAGGCUUGAAGGAGAGGAGGGUUUUGUGUUAAUGGAACAACUUCAAUGGAUGUAACCCUCUGACCUCAAGCCCCAUGAAGUUACCUUAUACAGUAUGCUUGUCUCUUUACAUGGAGGUUCAGUUCCAAGGGUUACAUAUAUGCAUGAAAAUAGCCUAUACCCAAGCCCUUGUAAGCUGCCCCACAGUUAGUGGGAUGUGGAGAGUGAGAACUGGCACACUGAGCAGGCCUUGCCCAGCAAGCAAGGCAGAGAGCUUAAAUGCUCUUUUUGUGCUUGGUAGGGACGCCGGUGGCGCUGUGGGUUAAGCCACAGAGCCUAGGGCUUGCCGAUCAGAAGGUCGGUGGUUCGAAUCCCUGCAACGGGGUGAGCUCCCAUUGCUCAGUCCCAGCUCCUGCCAACCUAGCAGUUUGAAAGCACGUCAAAGUGCAAGUAGAUAAAUAGGUACCGUUCUGGCGGGAAGGUAAAUGGCGUUUCCGUGUGCUGCUCUGGUUCGCCAGAAGCGGCUUAGUCAUGCCGGCCACAUGACCCGGAAGCUGUACGCCGGCUCCCUCGGCCAGUAAAGUGAGAUGAGCACCGCAACCCCAGAGUCGGUCACGACUGGACCUAAUGGUCAGUGGUCCCUUUACCUUUACCUAACCCAAGCAGACCUGGUGCGAAAGAGCUUUUAUGCUCUCCAUCUUGCUUGGGAGUUGACGUGUGCAGUUUCAACCAUCUUGUCUUCAGCCGUGUAUGGUUGGAAUCGCAGAAGCCAAAUGCACGUAAGGUGCAGGCUUAUUGUACUGAAUCAGACCAGGAGUGUGUCUAGCACAGUGUCCCUUCUGACCAGCAGUGAGACAUUUUAAAACAGAACCUGUGGCCAAGUAAACUUAUAUCUGUCAAGUCUCAUGAGAGGUCUUUCUGCACCCCCUUUUUAAAAGCUGGAGUUGAUGCAGAUUGACCCUGGGACAUUCUGCAUGUAGAGCAAACGCUCUCACAGUGAGCCUAUGGCUCUGCUUUUCCACUCUUUGUUUUCAUCCCCAGAUCCUAGGGCAGUAAGAGGCCUAUAGCUUGUCCCAUGAAGUCCACCUGUCUCAAAGUAGAAUUGUCUCCACAUUAACUCCUACAGUUUACGCACAUCAUAAACCAGGGCAUUGCUGUCAAAAGGAUUUUUUUAUUGACUACAACCGGUUGUUUUUUGCCUUAAAGUCCCACCUUCCUUCUCCAAUAUCACAAUGUUACCCAUUCACUCUGACCUGUCUGGGGAUGACACAAGUCGAUUUGCUGUGUAAUCCUUUGCAUGCCUCCUUGGAAGCACUGCGUUCAUGGGUGCUUACUCCUAAGAAAGUGUGCAUAGCCUUAAUGUUGUCAGAAAAGCUUCUUAAUAUAGCUUCUCAUUCUCUCUGUACUUGCUGGUUUUAUGGCAUCUUUCCUCAAUAUAUUUUUUUUUUUUAUAGCAAUUUAUUGGAUUUUACAAUAGGAAUAAAUGUAAUAAACAAUAUAACAUUCGUCUUAACAUAAUUUCACAUUUUCUUUGGACUUCCUCACAUCUCCCACUCCCACCUUCAUCAUUAUAACAUUUUGUCAGCAAUUUAUCAUCUUAUUUAAAUUCUUAUAUCUCUUCGAUAUUUCAUAAUCUUAAAGUUCUCAUAAAGAGUUAAACUUUCACAGUUUUUCUUAUUUUCUUAAAAACUUCUAAGUUAAGUGGUGCUCAGUUAUUUAGUCUAGCAUCUUAUUCAGCAUUCAGUCAAAUCACAAUGCUUUUGUAGAUAGUUCUUAAAUUUCUUCCAAUCCUCCUCGAUUCUCUCUUCUCCCAGGUCACGGAUUCUGCCAGUCAUUUCAGCCAGUUGCAUAUAGUCUAUCAGUUGCAUCUGCCAUUCUUCCAGUGUGGGUAGAUCUUGAGUUUUCCAAUGUUUUGCGAGUAGUAUCCUUGCUGCUGUUGUUGCAUACAUAAAAAUGUCUGGUCCUUCUUUGCCACCCCUUGGCUGACAAUACCCAAAAGGAAAGCCUCUGGUUUCUUAGUGAAAGUAUAUUUAAAUACCUUUUUCAAUUCAUUAUAAAUCAUUUCCCAGAACGCCUUCACUUUAGGGCAGGUCCACCAGAGGUGAAAGAACGUUCCAUCUUUCCUCAAUAUAAUCACAUUUCUUUUAUAAUAAUUUUAGGGUCAGAAACAUGAAAUACAGGAAAUGCAAUGUUUUCUCUUGUUCUUUACAGUGGACAUUACUGUUUAUCGUAAUGGUUAUCAUGGGGAUCUCAAUGAGACAUUUUAUGUUGGGGAAGUUGAUGAGGGUGCAAAGAGGCUAGUCCAGACAACAUACGAGUGCCUAAUGCAAGCCAUUGAUGCAGGUAAGGGCUGGCUGGAGCCUAUGGCUUCAUGUCUCAUUUUUUCUUUCUUGUUUUAUCUCUGACAUGCAACUGAUAGAUAUUCUGGGCGCUGUUUCAUUAUGGAGUGUGCCUUAAUCCAAGGUAAUGCACUGUGCCAAAUCACUGUCAAAAGCUAUACCUUCAGUGCUACUGAAUGGCAUACAAAGAUCAAUCUGGAGUGAUUAAUUGCAAUAAAUUACUUGAAUACUCAGGCUUGAAUAGACACAUUUAUGGAGAUUCAGCUACAAAAGAGGUGGAGCAUCAAGUUCAGGAUUUCUUUCUGGAUAUCUUGAUAGCUGCAGUCUGUUUAUCUUGUCAGAUUACAAAGGGGUGAUAAAUAUUAAAUAAGCAGAAGUGUUUGAAGGCAUACUCUGAAAUUUAUCAGCUUUAGGCACGCUAUAAGCUUUUUGUUUUGAUUUUGUGGGAUAGUCUGCAAAUACUUAGUAGGCCAGACAGUGAGCUUUGACAGUUAAACGCAUUAAAAAGCGUAGGUUGCACAGAUGACUGGAGUUAUUUCCCAUGAAAUGUUUGGCAUUUGCAAAGGUUCAUUUCUUUAUUAUUUUUAGCAGUGAAAGCUAGAUUGGAAAAGAUUACCAGCAUAACUGUCUGAAUAUCAGAAUUUAAAUCUUGCAUUUCUGAAGUAUUAGAUUAGAAUUCCCUCCCUUAGAAUACUUUUCUGCCGUAAGAUCUCCUUUGAGGAAUAGUGUUUGCCUGUUGCUGAAUGUUCUUGUGCACACAAAGGAUCAUUUCUGCUGGGCAGAAAUACAAAUAAUAACCUUUGCCUUCAUCAAUUAGCUGAUCCUGUUUGUGUUCAUUUUAGUAAAGUAACAUAUGACUUAUUUUGCAGUGAAACCUGGUGUUCGAUAUAGAGAGCUGGGAAAUAUUAUACAGAAACAUGCUCAAGCCAAUGGAUUUUCCGUAGUUCGGAGCUACUGCGGGCAUGGGAUUCACAAGCUUUUCCACACAGCUCCCAAUGUGCCACAUUAUGCCAGUAAGUAUGGGCAGUUUCUGCUGCUUCUCAGUUGAUAGCAAUCAUUAAGAAUUAACUAUUCCAUGCACUUCCCCAGACUAAAAUAAUGAAUUCCCACAUCCUGUGAGCUGUAGCCAUAAAGAGCUUUUGGGGUAAGUUUUACAGAGAUAGCAGAGGUACAUACUUCGCAUAGUUCAAUUCAGAUUGGCACAAGAGUGAAAAGUAGCCUCCUUCUCUAACCAUCCUUGUGACAGCGAUUAUCAGCUUAAAUAUGCCUUAUUAUAAGUCAGAAGCAAGGCAGUAAGGCAGCCUUCUCUAACCUGGUGUUCUUCAGAUGUUUUGGACUCAAACUCCCAUCAACUCCAGCCAACAUGUUUGUAUUUGUUGGGAGUUGGAGUCAAAGAUAUAUAGUGGGCAUUAGGUUAAGGAAGGCUGUAGGAGAGUAUUUGCUUUCCAUGCAGGGAGCCCCAGUUUCUGUCUCUGCUAUUCCCAGUACAAAGGAUCUAAUGAAACUGCUGCCAUUUGAAGCAGACAGAGCUGGGCUAAAGGUCUGCCUGUAUGAAGCCGCUAUAUAUUUAUUGAUAUUAUUAUCAUCUCUGUAUAUUUGAAAUGGCAUGCAAAGACCACCAGUUCAACAAUAAAAGCAGCAGAACAAUUAAGGUUGUUGUUGUUUAAAAAAGAAGAAAUCUAAUAACCUAAGAGCAGAAAAAGGACAACGUAAAAUAGUGCCAUCUCCACUCAAAACCAACAGCAAUAAAAUUACAAAACAAGUGAGUUGCAGCGGACUUUACUUCUUGUGGAAGGGCAGUCCACAAAGAAACACCACCAGUGAGAAAGGACUCUCCCGAGUUGCCACCCACCUGCUUUUUUUAACUGGCUGGGGCAUGUCCUCUGUGAGACUGACUUCACAAUAUUGGCUCCACAAUUUGGUCUGUGCUCCUGUAUAGACCACACAUGUAUCUCCUCAAAUAUAGCUAGAGCCUUGGUCUCAGGAAUAAUGUGAAAUUGUGAGCUGUUAAGCUAAACUGUGGAUCAUUUUAACAUCAGACCCUGAGCCUGCUUCGAAACCAUGGUUUCUUUUGGAUUUACAAACCAGGAUCUGAAACCACAGUUGUGCGGCUGAUUUGCAAACCACAGUUUGUGCUAAAUGGGACUGGUUGUAUUCUGAAUUGACAAAUGACUUUGGGCCCAUUACUUCACCUAAAGAGGCUGCUGCUCCAUGGAAAUGGGGCAGGAGUGAACUUAAGCUGAGCGUUGAGCAGAUGGGAAACCAAAGCAGUCAAGCGAUGGUUUGCAUGUUGUAAAUCAGAACUCAAAAAACCAUAGUUUGACCUUUCAGCACUCUGGUUGGCACAAACCACAAUUUUGUGUUGCAUUCCAAUCCAGAGGUAGAAACAAAAUUACCAUUAAGUUCCCAUUACAUUUUAUCUUGUAUCUCUGACCUUCUGCGAACUCUUACACUCUCUUGAUCCCUUUUGCCUUUUCAGAAAAUAAGGCUGUUGGUGUAAUGAAGCCUGGCCAUGCGUUUACAAUAGAACCAAUGAUCUGUGAAGGUAAUUAUGCAGCUGUGGAUCUAAGGGAUGUUAAUUCUGAUUGCAGCCAUUUUUCUGAAUGACUUUUCUUGGUCUCUACUCAGGAAACACCUACAGGGUUAAUGCUUCUCAAUGCUUUGUGGCUCACCUAUAACUUAUUUACUACAACAGCAAUUUCCUACUGAGCAUUGCUAAAUAAUGUCUUUGCAGCAUGUACUGUAUUCCUGGCAUUAGAACUUGUUCAUGUGGGCACAAAGGAUUAUAUCACCUGUAAAGUCAUCUAAGUGAAAUGUUAGCAGUUCUUAACAAGGUCAUAUGAACAGUCAAAUUCUUCCAAAAACAUUCCAGGUCCAAUUAGACACCAGAAAAGAGCCGCACUGUUGAGCAUCAUAUUUCUUAAAAGACUUUACUUCAAGAGAUUCUGAGGUGGUCUUUGGUUUUCUCAACCUUUUACCUAGUGUCUACCUUUUUGUGUAACAAUUACAUUCCAGAGCAUUUUCAGCCAUUGUUAACAGAUUUGGUAAGGUAGAAUCUCUAUUCGCCAACCAUUUUGCACAAUGCAGACCUUAGUUAAAUUAAGGCGAUAGUUUGUGCUGUAUUAUUGAUUCUUUUAUUGGCCAUUCUUUUUAUACUGGAAUCACUUUGAUAUGCCUCAUAGAAAGUGGUUCAUAAAAUAAAUAACGAAUAGACGAAUGAAUGGAAGCAAUAUGCUGGGAUAGUAUAUUAUGAGUGUCAGCAGGAUGCCCUAGUCAACAACAAAAAUGGAAGUGAAUAGAGGAGGCGCAGGAAGAAAAGACACAGGCAUCAAGGCUAUUUGUACAAAAGUAAAAAAACAACCCAAAACCUAAAAUUGCUGAUCAAAGACUCCUUUUAAAAAUGUAUGACGUCCUCCCUCCUUUAAACAAGAAAUUCUAAAUUUUUGCAUUCUUCUCAUUAGGUGGGUGGCAAGAUGAGACCUGGCCUGAUGGCUGGACUGCUGUGACGCGAGACGGGAAGCGUUCCGCCCAGUUUGAACACACACUUCUGGUCACAGAUACUGGGUGUGACAUCCUAACCCGCCGGCUGGAUAGCAUUCGCCCUCACUUCAUGACUCAGUGCUAGUGUAGACCAAGCUGGGAGGCCUGAACCCAAGCAUCUCUUCUGCUCUGUACUAUGUGUUUCACUAAGAGUACAGGCUAAAAGGGGGGGAAUUUAUCACCUGUUUUUCUUCUUCUUGACUGUAGGUAGGAGAUGCAGCCUUGCAUUGAGAGGUUAAUGCCGUAGGCUUGAAAAGCAGAGAAGUUUGAGAGCCCCAGUCUGCUCUCCUACCACCCCAACAUUGUUUGAAUUUUUCUUUUUUUUUCUCUUCAAAUCAUUGUCCUUAUGGUACCUCAUUUCACCCCCUCAGCCGGGCUUCUGUCACUGCCGCCGCUCUCAGUAGCCACACACAGCUUCUUUUCGUGGUGGAUGCAAGGAUUCAGAAACAAGCCUUUCUGUUUUUACAAUACCUGAGAGUUUAAACUUUUUCUUGUUCCAAAGACAACCCUUCCUUAGCUGUUUAAAUGGACUGGGCUUUCAUCUGUGUAUAAUUCAGAGGUGGAAUUUUCUACUUGAAAAUGUUGAAUCGGAAUUUUGUUCUGUCUACCCCUCUUCCACCCUGUUGUUACUGUAUAUGGAAGUAUAAUAUCUGCCUGUUAAUUGAUGGGCCUGUUUCUCUUUGGCUGGCAAUUGCUACAGGUAGUUCUCUGUCUAAGGGGGCUGGGGAGGGACAAAAUUACUGAAAUGCUGACCUGUGCAGGUUUUUUUUUACCAAAACAUGGCCUCAAGACGGGUAGUGCUUGGCUGCCAAUGAUGUUCCAAGGUUCGCUUUGAAGCAGCUAGUUUUUAAUUUUAGAUAAGGAAUGAGAUUGAAAUGGGGAAGAGUUUCUGUUCUCCUGUGUGCAUUCUAAAGAAGGGCAUGUCCCAGAAGUCCAAGACCAAUCUCUUUAACAGCUUCUUUCUAAUCUGCAGUUCAUUUAUGUGCAUGUAACCAUGGCCAAGUGGUUGCCUGCCAUGCAGACCACUUGGUGCAUGGUUUCAGUUAAUAUUACAGAAAUUGUGACAUGCUACUUUGCAGGAGCUGGAUCAAUGGCUCUGUGUUUGGAUUGCUACUUCUGUUCUGGAUACUCCCAUUCUGAGAUGGCCAAAAAACCACCUCACUGGAUUGAAGGAGAGAGAUUUCACCAAGUAGUCAUGAGAAUUGGUCUAUAUCAAGUGUUCGACUUUGCCCCCCCCCCCCCGUGCUAGCGGACUACAACUCCCAUCAUUCUCUAAAUAAUAACAAUAGUAAUAAUAAUUCCCAACCACUUUAGCCAAUGGGGAGGGAUGAUGGGGAUCCAAGACUGAAUACUGUGUCUACAGAAUAGAGAAAAAGUUGCUGAUCCUGUUUUUAUAUUGCAGUCUGACCACCUUUUCAUGGCUCUUUGUGGAAAUUGUGCGAUAUUCCAGUUAGCCACUGCAGUUGUUUCACCAAAGCAAAUUGUUCUAAGCAAAGAUAAUGCACUUGAAAGAAGCAAAAAUUGGACAGCCCUUGAAAUUGCUUGUGUACUUAGGCCAGGUACAGUACGGUCAAUUCUGGCAUAAUUUAUCCUCCCACUUUUUCCAGCGGUAACUUUGUAAUACAGAUCUGGGAGAUACUACUACUGCUGUUGGGGAAGAUUUGUUUCGUUGGGCUUAGGCAGUUGCUGCUGAGGCUUCCAUUACACAGAGAAAGGUGGUUUUUCAACCACAUUUUCUUGCCUAGUGCCCACUCUAACCUUACAAUGUUGCGAGUUCAGUAAACUAGUGCAGAGAAAUCCGGUCAUAAAAUCAUGGGCACAACAUGCCACAUUUCUACUCUGGUGUCGGACAUCUCGUCAGAAGAAUUGCAAGUUCUAAAAGCCCUCAGCAUCUUACCCAUGUCAACAGCACAUAACUUCAGUUCUUUAGACAGCUUAGGGCGGUUGUGACCAAACUCAACAAGAAAUUGAAAGAAAUCUUUCCCAGAGUGCCUCAGUUUUUUUUUCUGUCUGAAAGUGUAUUGUUGGGACAAUGUUUUUCAUUCUGUAAUGUGUUUAAGAGGCGGUAAAGUGACUCAGAAAUGUUACAAGCACUUUCGUGCAUGUGCAGAGAUUUUAACAAAACAGGCUGCAAUAUAUCUUGAGUGGAGUUAACCAAUGUAUGCAAUACAUUUAAGGAGAUUAAAAGUCUGGAUGGUUGACC